CUUGAGAAUAAAAUGAAAAAAAUGGGACAGGGGCAGCUGUCUCCACUCUCGGGAAGUAGAAAAAGAGAAAGUCGUGCAAACUCCUCAUACUUUGACACAUUCAGAAGUCAAAGCGAGCAACGUAAAUUAUCAUCUUUGCUUAUUUCUUAUUCAUCCCUUCCAAAUUCCAUCAAUGCAUAACUCUUGUUUAAGAAAACUAAUUUAUAUUUUCAGUUAAUACCAUCCAUCCAUCCAUCAUCAAGCUAGCAUGUCGCUGUUCCGUCGAUCAUUCUCCAGGAAGCUACCUGAUCAUCUUCUUGAAAUUUCUCAACGUAUUUAUGUAUUCGAUUGCUGCUUGUCAACAUCCAUGAAGAAUGAGAAAGACUGCAGGUCAUACUUGGGUAGUGUUGUUACAAGUUUGCACAACUGUCAUCCUGGUGCUUCUUUUAUGGUGUUCAACUUCCGAGAAGCUGAUCAAAUCAGCUUACUGUCGGACAUACUAAUCGACUAUGAUAUGGCGGUAGUGGAUUACCCUCGUCACUAUGAGGGCUAUCCUAUCCUUCCAUUGGAGAUGAUUCAUUACUUUUUAAGAUCUAGCGACAGCUGGUUAUCUUUAGAAGGUCACAAAAAUGUCAUCCUAAUGCAUUGUGAAGAAGGCGGUUGGCCUGUUCUUGCAUUCAUGCUAGCAGGUCUCCUUCUUGACAGGAAAAAGUAUAGUGGAGAACAGAAGACUUUGGAAAUGGUGUAUAAACAAGCUCCGAAAGAGCUUAGCUCUGCUUUGUCCCCAAUAAACCCUAGAGCUUCUAAGUUAAGAUAUCUUCGGUACAUAACAGGAAGAGAUAUAGCUUCUGAAUGGCCUCCAUCAGAUUCACCUGUGAUUGUGGACUAUAUUCUGCUGAGGAAUCUUCCAUUAUUUAGUGGCGGUAAAGGUUGCAGGCCUGUGGUUCAAAUAUAUGGACAGAAUCCUUCGGCUAAGGCAAAUAGAACUGCACUUCUUUUGUUUUCAUCUUUAACAGCAGAUGAACCUGCUUUGAUGUAUUCGAAGGAAGAAUGUGCAUUCGUUAAAUUAGAGCUUCGAUGUCAAGUUCAAGGCGAUGUCUUCCUUGAAUGUAUCCACUUGGGUGAUGAUCUAGUAACAGAAGAGAUGAUAUUCAAAGUCAUGUUUCACACAGGAUUUGUUCAAUCAAACAUAUUGGCUCUAAACUCUGAUGAUAUAGAUGCUCCCUGGAACACAAAGAUCCCGAAAGAAUUCAAGGCAGAGGUUCUCUUCCAAGACAUGAAUGAAGUCCCGAAAAAUAUAACAUUGGAAUUAGGGAAAGAGGAAGAAUCACAUGAUUCCGAUAGUGAAUUCUUCGAGGUAGAAGAGAUUUUUGAUCCUAUGUCUGAGAGCGUAGAAAAGAAGGAUAUUGGACCGGAAACUGUUCAAGAGGUGAUUUUACCUGGUGACAACAACAAAGACUAUACUUUGCGCAAUGGGUCUCCCAGAUGGGAUUUGGAAACUGAUGAAAGUGAAGCUGUUUCUCCUGAUAUAGGCAAUUACAAACAAGCUAAAUCAGAAGCAGAAUCUGAUUUAGCGAGUGCUUCAUCAACGAACAUAGUUGUGGUUGAUUCAUGUGGAGGUGAAAUACAAGAUGUGAAAGUGGAAAUCGAUCCAAAACCAGUUGUUAUUUCAGGUCCUGCUAAACCAAAACAGAACAAGAAGAGCAAAUGGCAAGAAAUUACAUCGAAGACUAUUAAGCAACAAAGGGUGAUUUCUCAGUGGGUGCCUCGAGCAAAAACACCACCAACUAUCGAGUCUAGCAAGCCAAAAGCGCCAGUAUAUAAGUGGGUUCCUAAAGGACCGGCUACACCUUCAAGCGCUGCAUCCGGUGAAGAAUAAGACAGAUGUUGCCAUUACGGGUCUUUUGUGAGAACUGAGAGUUUUACCGUCUACCCCAGCUAAGCUGAUGGGAGCAAAUACCAGAAGGCAGAAGCCGUAAGAGCUAUACUGAGAAAAAGUACCGUUUUAAGGUACUUUAGAUGUACCAAAUAAUUUUUUGUGUAGUACAUUGCAUAUUAUGCAUUAUAAGUUUGUAUUUUUAGAUAUAACUCGUAUUUCUCCAACAUUUUGAACGUCAUAAGCAGCUAUUUCUUUUUUGUCUUAUAUUUUUAUUAUUAUAGUAAGUUUCCGUCGAAAUUUCCUGACCAGUUGUAAAAUACCCAAGGCAAAGCUACUAAACUAAGGAUCUAAAUGCACAAAUGUGGAGUCUAUUCAUAAAUCACAAUCUUCUUGGAUCAUUAUAAUUGAUCAAGUCAUCCAUUAUUGUACAGUUCACAUUUAACUUACUCUUACAUUUCCAAAGCU